AUUGUGGGCGCCUCGGCUAAUGGCGUCGGCGAGUCUGGGGAGUCUGGGGAGCCAGCGCUGAAGCUUUUUGCCAGGUUGGCUGGUGACGCCCGGUGUGGCGGGGCCCCGCAGCCGUGGGACGGACGUGCCCACCUUGUGGGCUCCUGGGCCAGCGCUGGCGGAGCCUAGCGAGACUGGGCGACUGCGGGGGCGCUUCCGAGAGGAGCCGGGGGUGUUAGAAAGAGGCUGCGGGGGGCGCUCGGGCACGCUCCGGGUUCGCAGCCCAGGCCCGGCAGAGCCCCUGUGGAGCCCAAGAGGCGGGCUGUGGAAGGGCUGGAGGCGACCCAAGGAGUUGACAGUGCCACAGCUUAUUUGUGCGGCUCUGAAAUUAGCUCGGACCUUGAGUGAUCAUGUCUGGCACCAACAGCCCCGAGGCUGUGAAGAAGCUGCUGGAGAAUAUGCAGAGCGACUUGCGGGCCUUGUCACUGGAGUGCAAGAAGAAAUUCCCACCUGUCAAGGAGGCUGCUGAAUCAGGAAUAAUAAAAGUUAAAACAAUAGCUGCAAGAAACUCGGAAAUUUUGACAGCAUUGAAAGAGAACAGCUCAGAGGUUGUACAGCCUUUCCUAAUGGGUUGUGGAACCAAGGAACCGAAGAUCACUCAGCUGUGUUUGGCUGCCAUUCAGAGACUCAUGUCACACGAAGUUGUGUCUGAGACUGCUGCUGGGAAUAUAAUUAACAUGCUUUGGCAGCUAAUGGAAAAUAGUCUUGAAGAACUUAAGCUACUUCAAACAGUUCUUGUUCUCUUAACAACCAAUACAGUAGUCCAUGAUGAGGCACUGUCUAAGGCAAUUGUUCUUUGUUUUCGACUACACUUCACAAAAGAUAAUAUUACAAAUAAUACAGCUGCUGCUACUGUGCGACAAGUUGUUACUGUGGUUUUUGAGAGAAUGGUUGCUGAAGAUGAACGAUACAGAGAUAUUAUAGAACAGCCAGUACUGGUGCAAGGAAAUAGUAACAGAAGAUCUGUCAGUACUCUCAAACCUUGUGCUAAAGAUGCAUAUAUGCUUUUCCAGGAUCUUUGUCAAUUGGUUAAUGCUGAUGCCCCUUACUGGCUAGUAGGCAUGACAGAAAUGACUCGGACAUUUGGCCUUGAAUUGCUUGAGUCAGUCCUCAAUGAUUUUCCACAAGUCUUUUUACAGCACCAGGAAUUUAGUUUCCUCCUCAAAGAAAGAGUAUGUCCUCUUGUGAUAAAGCUCUUUUCUCCAAAUAUAAAGUUCAGACAAGGUUCAAGUACUUCAUCUUCCCCAGCACCUGUUGAAAAACCAUAUUUUCCUAUCUGUAUGCGAUUGCUGAGAGUAGUUUCUGUCCUGAUUAAGCAGUUUUAUAGUCUUUUGGUAACUGAAUGUGAAAUAUUUCUGUCACUUUUGGUGAAAUUUCUGGAUGCAGAUAAACCACAGUGGCUACGAGCUGUUGCGGUUGAAUCAAUACACAGAUUAUGUGUGCAGCCUCAGCUGUUAAGGUCAUUUUGUCAGUCCUAUGAUAUGAAACAACAUUCUACCAAGGUUUUUCGUGAUAUUGUGAAUGCACUGGGAUCAUUUAUCCAGUCCUUGUUUCUUGUUCCUCCUACUGGAAAUCCUGCUACAACCAACCAAGCUGGCAACAAUAAUUCAGGUGGCCCAGUCUCAGCUCCAGCUAACUCAGGAAUGGUGGGAAUUGGUGGAGGUGUUACUUUGCUACCAGCAUUUGAAUAUAGAGGAACUUGGAUACCUAUUCUGACAGUAACAGUUCAAGGCAGUGCUAAAGCCACCUACCUAGAGAUGCUGGACAAAGUUGAGCCUCCAACUAUACCAGAAGGUUAUGCCAUGUCUGUGGCAUUCCACUGUUUGCUAGACCUUGUUCGGGGAAUCACUAGUAUGAUUGAAGGAGAGUUAGGAGAGGUUGAAACAGAAUAUCAGUCUACCACAGAAGGGGCUUCUUCACCAAUGCAUUCAUCAGAACAGCAAGAUUUACAGUCAACAUCAGACCAAAUGGAUAAGGAAAUAGUUAGUAGAGCUGUUUGGGAAGAAAUGGUGAAUGCUUGCUGGUGUGGUCUUCUUGCUGCACUCUCACUCCUUCUUGAUGCCAGCACAGAUGAAGCUGCCACUGAGAAUAUCUUAAAAGCUGAACUGACUAUGGCUGCUCUUUGUGGAAGACUGGGCCUUGUAACUUCAAGAGAUGCCUUUAUAACUGCAAUAUGCAAAGGUUCCUUGCCUCCGCAUUAUGCCCUUACUGUAUUGAACACCACCACAGCAGCUACACUUUCCAGUAAAUCAUAUUCUAUUCAAGGCCAAAGUGUUAUGAUGAUAAGUCCAUCAAGUGAGUCUCACCAGCAGGUUGUGGCAGUGGGUCAACCUCUAGCAGUCCAGCCUCAAGGGACAGUAAUGCUAACUUCCAAAAAUAUCCAGUGUAUGAGAACUCUGCUUAACUUGGCACACUGUCAUGGAGCUGUUCUUGGAACAUCAUGGCAACUUGUCUUGGCAACUCUUCAGCAUCUUGUAUGGAUUCUGGGAUUAAAGCCUAGUAGUGGUGGUGCCUUGAAACCUGGAAGAGCUGUAGAAGGACCUAGUACAGUUCUAACAACUGCAGUGAUGACAGAUUUACCAGUGAUUUCCAAUAUACUUUCAAGAUUGUUUGAAAGCUCGCAGUAUCUUGAUGAUGUAUCAUUACAUCAUUUAAUAAAUGCACUCUGUUCCUUAUCUCUAGAAGCAAUGGAUAUGGCCUAUGGAAAUAAUAAGGAACCAUCUCUGUUUGCUGUUGCCAAAUUGUUAGAAACUGGUCUAGUUAACAUGCACCGAAUAGAAAUUUUAUGGAGACCUCUCACUGGUCAUCUACUUGAGGUCUGCCAGCAUCCAAACUCUCGAAUGAGAGAAUGGGGAGCAGAAGCUUUAACUUCACUUAUUAAAGCAGGAUUAACAUUUAACCAUGAGCCUCCACUUUCACAGAACCAGAGACUGCAAUUGCUUUUAUUGAAUCCAUUAAAGGAGAUGUCCAAUAUUAACCAUCCAGAUAUACGACUGAAGCAAUUAGAAUGUGUGUUGCAGAUUCUGCAGAGUCAGGGAGACAGUCUAGGACCUGGUUGGCCAUUGGUUCUUGGAGUCAUGGGAGCAAUCAGAAAUGAUCAAGGAGAAUCCUUGAUACGAACUGCAUUCCAGUGUCUUCAAUUAGUUGUGACAGAUUUUCUACCAACAAUGCCUUGUACUUGCUUACAGAUAGUUGUAGAUGUUGCAGGUAGCUUUGGACUUCAUAACCAAGAAUUAAAUAUUAGUUUAACUUCAAUAGGUUUAUUGUGGAAUAUUUCAGAUUAUUUUUUCCAAAGAGGAGAAAUUAUUGAAAAAGAAUUAAAUAAAGAAGAGGCAGCACAGCAAAAGCAGGCAGAAGAGAAAGGAGUGAUUUUAAAUCGGCCAUUCCACCCUGCGCCACCAUUUGAUUGCUUAUGGUUAUGUCUUUAUGCAAAAUUGGGUGAAUUGUGUGUGGACCCCCGUCCUGCUGUCAGAAAGAGUGCAGGGCAGACUCUGUUUUCUACAAUUGGUGCACAUGGAACUUUAUUACAGCAUUCAACCUGGCACACCGUUAUUUGGAAGGUUCUCUUUCAUCUACUGGACCGAGUUCGAGAGUCUUCUACAACUGCAGACAAAGAAAAGAUUGAAUCUGGAGGUGGCAAUAUUCUCAUUCAUCAUUCAAGAGAUACAGCAGAGAAGCAGUGGGCUGAGACAUGGGUAUUAACAUUGGCUGGAGUAGCAAGAAUUUUCAAUACCAGAAGAUAUUUACUGCAACCAUUAGGAGAUUUUUCAAGAGCUUGGGAUGUUCUUCUUGACCAUAUACAGUCAGCAGCACUCAGCAAAAACAAUGAAGUGUCUCUGGCUGCUCUGAAAAGCUUCCAGGAAAUUUUACAGAUUGUGUCCCCUGUCAGAGACUCAGAUAAGCCUGAGACUUCACCUGUAGUUAAUGUACCUGUGCCUGUCCUUAUUGGGCCUAUCUCAGGCCCUGGUUUAAGCCGGCCAUUCAUAAGAACAGAUUCUAUUGGAGAAAGACUUGGAAGAUAUAGUAACUCUGAGCCACCCAUAGUUACUGAUGAGCUUGAAGACUUGAAUCUCUGGUGGGCUGCGUGGAAUACUUGGUAUAGAAUUGGAUCUGAAAGCACUAAGCCUCCUAUUACUUUUGAUAAACUAACUUUUAUUCCCAGCCAACCCUUUCUUACAGCUUUAAUUCAGAUAUUUCCAGCACUUUACCAACACAUAAAAACUGGUUUUAACAUGGAUGACUUGCAAAAGUUGGGAGUCAUAUUACACAGUGCUGUUUCAGUUCCAAUAAGUUCAGAUGCAUCUCCUUUUAUUCUUCCAUCUUAUACUGAAGCAGUUCUGACAAGUUUACAGGAAGCUGUACUUACAGCUUUAGAUGUUCUCCAAAAGGCCAUCUGUGUAGGACCAGAAAACAUGCAGAUAAUGUAUCCAGCUAUAUUUGACCAGUUACUGGCAUUUGUAGAAUUUUCCUGUAAACCUCCACAGUAUGGACAGCUGGAAACAAAGCACAUUGCAAAUGCAAAAUAUAAUCAGAUCCAACUAUUUGCACCGGCGGAAUGGGUAGCCUUGAAUUAUGUACCAUUUGCUGAAAGGUCUUUAGAAGUAGUUGUGGAUUUAUACCAAAAAACAGCCUGUCAUAAAGCAGUGGUGAAUGAGAAAGUUCUACAGAAUAUUAUUAAGGCUCUUAGAGUUCCUCUCAGUUUGAAGUAUUCCUGCCCUUCUGAAAGCACAUGGAAGCUAGCAGUAUCUUCACUCCUCAAAGUUCUUUCUAUUGGGCUACCUGUUGCCCGACAGCAUGCUUCUUCUGGAAAAUUUGACAGUAUGUGGCCAGAACUAGCCAACACUUUUGAAGACUUUCUUUUUACUAAAAGCAUACCUCCAGAUAAUCUCUCUAUUCAAGAGUUUCAAAGAAAUGAAAGUAUUGAUGUUGAGGUAGUUCAGCUUAUUAGCACUGAGAUACUACCUUAUGCCAAUUUUAUUCCUAAGGAAUUUGUUGGUCAGAUAAUGACUAUGCUUAACAAGGGCUCCAUACAUUCUCAGUCUUCUUCAUUUACAGAAGCAGAGAUUGAUAUUCGUUUGAGAGAAGAAUUUUCUAAAAUGUGUUUUGAAACACUGCUCCAGUUUUCCUUCAGUAAUAAAGUCACAACACCUCAAGAAGGCUACAUCUCACGAAUGGCACUCUCAGUGCUUUUAAAAAGGUCUCAGGAUGUACUACAUCGCUAUAUAGAGGAUGAAAGAUUAAGUGGUAAAUGCCCUCUUCCAAGACAACAAGUAACAGAAAUCAUAUUUGUUUUAAAAGCAGUCAGUACUCUCAUUGAUUCACUUAAGAAAACUCAGCCUGAGAAUGUUGAUGGAAAUACCUGGGCACAAGUAAUUGCCUUAUACCCAACUUUAGUAGAAUGCAUCACCUGCUCAUCUUCAGAAGUCUGCUCUGCACUUAAAGAGGCACUGGUACCCUUUAAGGAUUUCAUGCAACCACCAGCAUCCAAAGUUCAAAAUGGAGAAUCUUGACCAGCUACAAUACAUUUGAAGGAAGAAAAAUAUCCUAAAGAUUGUUUGCUUCUGAGUCUUCUGUAAGAAGGACAUUUCUUACUACAAAUGAUUCUUGGCAACUGUUGUUUGCCUCCUUUGAAUUGUAAUUACCUGAAUUCAGUAAUUCAUAUUACAAGCUUACACAUCAACAAAGGCUCAUGAAUGAGUAGCAGUGCAAGCCUUUAAUAAAUUAAACUGAUGGAAGGGAUCAGUUAAUGCUAUAACAUAGCUGCUACCAUAUCUUCAGUUGGUGAUUUAAAAGUGAGCUUAUGUACAGUUUGUGGUGUAUGUGUUAAUGAUGUACUUUUUAAAAAGAAAAGAUAUUUCAAUUCCGUCAGAUUUAUUAGGCUGGUGUUUUUGCACCCUUUUUCAGGUACAAAAUUGUACUAAAAUUUUAUGCAAGAUUGUACUGUAACAUUCCAUAUUAUCUACAACCAGCCUUUGUAAACAAAGGGAACUGAUAUACUUGUGUGUAUAAUAAAUGGUACAGUUCUGUAUAAAAUAGUUGGAUUUAUUGUUUAAAUUUUAAAAAUAUUGAUAAUGUUAAAUGCUUGAAGCUCUAUUAUUAAUUCAAAAUUAUUUGCCCACCUUUUUUAAUUUGCCUUCUUAUGCAGCAAAUAAGUUUACCAUGUAAAUCAUACAGUUAGCUUCUUGUUUAUUUUAUAUGUAUUGUUAGUGACCAUUAACAUCCAACUAGAAAGGUCAUGAGAUUCUAGAUUCACUAGAUUCUCUAGAUUCACUAGAAAGUUUCAUAAUCAGCAAAUAGUCUAUGACCUGCUGAUUUUGCAACUUUGAAAUAUAGGUUAUUAACCUAAUACAUUGAGAUAAUUAUAGCACUAUGACUCCAUCAUACCUCAUUUAUUUAAAUAUCUCUCCAAACUUUCACUUAAGUCUGUCUGUUUUUAUAUUUGCUGUCUUUUAAAGACUUUUCAUAUUUUAUAUUUCUACUGAUUUUUUUCCUGUGACUAACAUUUGUCACUGUCUUUGAAUUAUUACCCAGACAAGAGUUCAGAUUUCCCAAAAUUUUGCCUGGGAGAUUUUGUUCAUUUCAGUGCUUCAUUUUGUAAUGUUUUCACGAGAAGGAAAAUAACUAUAGUAACCCACAUGUAAAAAAUGUGUGUAUGUAUUUCAAAACAAUGACAAGUGUAUUUUUGAAAAUAGACAAACAUUUAGAAGUAUAGUAAACUUACUGUCUUGGAGUAAAAUGCUAGUUUUUGUUUCACUCUCCUAUCCUAGUGAAGAAGAAAAGUGCUCUUGAGUACAUUAACUUGUUUCUUUAAAAACUGACCUAGCUCACUGUAUUUUUUAUUUAAUGUAUUAUGCUAUUAUAAUAUUUUUCUUCUGAGUUAAAUUUUCAUAAUCACUUAUGUGAAAACAUGAAGAUGUUUAAAACAAAUGAUUAUUCAUAAGAAAUAAUAAUGGUCUUGGUAUUAUUUUAGUGUACUGGAAGGAUUUUUUAUUUUAAUAGAAUUUAUGAAUUUCAGCCCCUCUAGAAUAAUCUUAAAACUGCAAGGAGAUGUUAGAAUUGAGUAAUGAAGGGAAUGCAAUUUGGGAGUCUCUUGUAAUUGUUUAAUUAUUUAAUUUGCACUAUUAUCUGUAAACAUGGUAAGGCCUAGUUUUUGAGGGAAUGUGUUUAUUUAUAUGAAUCAGUGAAUUUCUAUUUUAUUAUUUCACCUGAUAUUAAGGUAAAAUAUGGCUUUUCAUAGAUUUUACUUUCAGCAUUUUCCUUAAAGUUGUGGGGAAAAAAAUUACCCAAACUUAAUUUUCUAUAUUUGAAUAGGUUAAGUUGGGAAUUUACAAAGUAUGAAUAUCAUGAUAGAGUAUUGAAGUGGAAUAACAAGGGUAGUAUACCAUUUUAGUAACAUGUUAAAAAUAUUGCCAUGAACUUACAUGAAGUAAAAAUGUUUAUUUUUGAGAAAUAACAGAUCAAUUGCAUUCAGAAUGAUUGUUCUCCAGGUUAAAUAUGAAUCAAGGGUAUACAGCAUACAUUUAUGUAAACUGAAUAGUUUGAGCUAAUACUGUUUAACUUUCAAUACUAGGACCAUGCCCUGCUGUUCAGAACACAUUAAUGUGAUGAAUGUGUUAAUACCAUAAUCAGUGAAAGUCUUAGUGUCAAGCAUGUGAGCUGCCCCCUGGGUAGAAUAAUUGACAGACCUUUUCCCCCAGCAUAUCUCCUACAGCUCUCCAGGAGUCACUGAUAGCAAUUCAUGCUCUUGAGCCAAGCUUUCCUCUAGACUGUAUUUUUCGAAAAUAUCCGGACUCCAGGGAGGUUAACACAUUGACCUGGCCUUAUUAGUGUGAAUUGGGUUCUUUAGAAGAACUAGGUUGUAUAAAAUUGCUCGAUGCCAAGAGAUUCAAAAAGGAAGCUCCCAAAACUAUGUUCAUUUUGUUGCACAAGUGAGCCUGUUAACUAGUCCUUGAAAUAGUACUAAUAAUGUUCUCUGGGAUACAUAUUAGAAAUACAAAGUAUUUAAAGCCUCACAUGAUCACUUUUUGUCACUGACAAGGCCUAUGUUGUAGAUUGAUGAACAAUAGGCAACAAUUGGAUGAUUAAUGAGGUUCUUUUCUAUUUUGUUCUUUAUAAACAAACAGUUUUUAACUAGAUUGAUUUUCAGUUUCCAACAAUGUUAGCACUGCCAAGAAAGAAAAGUCGUUUUGUAGUGUCUUAUUUAGGAUUUCUUUUUAACUAGUGUUAAAAGUUUUAUUAAUUUUAUUGCAUAUAUUCAUGAGUAGCAUUUACUAGGAGCCUGUUUGAUGCCAAAAGGGGAAAAAAUGCUAUGAAGUCUGACUUUAAGACUUUAUUUUUAUUUUUAAUUUUAUUAUAUAAAUAGCUAACUUCUGUGUUGUUUCUCUCCUAUUUUCCUCCCUGUGGUUAUUGAUUCCAAUUUUGCUACAUUCUUUAAAGAAUGUCAGCAGAAGGAAGAGAUGAACAAGUUAGUGAUAUAUUUUAUCAUGGAUGAUUAACAUUUACUUUAGGUAGCAGGCCAAAAACAACUGUUAUAUGUUCUUUCUCAUAUAACCUUGAGUAUUUUGUUCAUUAUCACAAUUUGGUACCACUAGUCCCAGGUAAAAAGAUCCAAAUUAAAAAACUGAGGGUGAGGAAGCAUAAAUUAUUGAACAGAACUAGGAAACAACUGAAAAGUAUAGUAUGCAUUAAUGAAGUGGUCAUUAUUACAUUGAUGUCAAUGAAGGGCAGUGUAGUUAUUGUAUAAUGGCUAAUACAUCCUCCAUAUAGAAUAAUCUAGAUGGGUAACUAAAUCCUUAAAAAGACUGCUUGCUAUAUAGGGGGAUCUGUCUAGCCAAGGCAGAAUACUUUCAGCAAUGAACCUACCUUUGAUUACUACAGAAAUUAACUGGAAAUGUAGAAACCCUGGAAUGGAUCAAAGUCUGGACCCAAAAUAUUGUGGUCUAUAGUAUUUUUGUUUUUGUUUUGUUUUUGAUAGAAAACUACCAAAAAUGUGUACAGAAGUGGUCUCUUUGGAAGCCUUGCUAGCGGCCUAAUAUGUUCCUUAGAUUUCCACUUAGUAGAUUUGGCAUUUUGGCAGAUAUGUGUAAUGUAUUAUAUUUUACUAUGCUUAGUGUUGCUGGAUCAUAUUUAUUUACAUUAUUAGUGAAUUUUGCUUUUUUAAAAAAAUCACCAUUUGUGAGAAGAACAAGAAUUCAUAUCACAUGGUGUGUCACCAACUUAUAUUUAGUGGGUAAAUAGUUUUUUAAUAUUUCAUGACCAUUUGGAUUAAAUUUUUUUGUACUUCUGGAAA